CUGCCGUUCCUGCGUCCGGCACAUCUAGGGUCUGAUGAUGAGGGGGGGUCGGGAGGUCAACUCGGGCUGGUCCGAGUACCGGAGGGUUUGCCUCCACCAUUAUGUGCUGGCCGCUGUGCCUCUCCCCCCGCUGGACCCGUCUGCGCCUUUGAUGCUGCGGGCACAGCGCGAACCUUCGCCACGCUAUGCGAGCUCGAGGCAGUAUCGUGUCACGAAAGUACUUACUACGCGAUCACCAGCCUUGGAGAGUGUUGA